GUAAGAUAGGGACGACUAUGGUUGAAUGUCAUUGCUCGGAUUCAGGGGAUCACCGUACCAAGCCUCUAUUAGGCCCUUGGAUUUGGGCAUUAAGGGUUCCUGUUGUCAAUGUUUCUUCUCCCUCCAUGCAGGGGAAGAGGUCUCCUACGCCUCCAGCUGAUGUUCCUCCUUCGACCUCUUCCUGGUCCCAGCCCAAAAGGACCUCCAAGAAUAAAUCUCCUCCUUCAUCAUCUGGGGUUGAUAAAUCUUCCGGAGUCUUGGUUAUCGGCUCUAGAUUUGGCCCUUUGUCUACAGUCGAACAAUUUACUCCUCCAUCCUGUCAACCUAUGGAUAUUUCAUCUGAGCCACAGCAACAAAAGGACAAGAGGAAGCGAUCGCCGCCCUCAGGCAGAGGACAAUCUAAAUCUCCUGGUUCGGAUUCCCCGCAACACAAAGUGGUGGUCAUUGAAGAAUCUGAUCCCGUCUUCUCUGGUUCUCAUUCUGACUCUUCCCAACCAGUUCUGAAGUCUCACAGGACUGUCACGAAAAAAGAAGUUUGGAGAGCGGUUGCUUCAAGCUCUGCUGGCUCCUCUUCUGUGCACACUUCUUCGUCUGGUAAGGAUUCCUUGGUGUCUUCUUCAGCCUCCAAUUCUCAGCAUACCCAAGAUGAACAUUGAAUUCUGCAUGCGGUGGUAAUAUUACUAUUUUCAGCCCAAAGGAUGUUCUAACUGGUGGGCAUUUCAAUUGCUCCUCUAUAAGUAUCUUGAGGGUUACCGUUUGCUAUAUUACUUCUCUCCCAAGUGAUGUCCAUUAUGUCCUUCUUACUGAGGGGAGCUGGUCCUUUUCUUACCUGAUUCCUGUGCAUCUUGCAUUGGCUCAUUUCUACUGCUUAACUGCCACACGAGCGCCUCGAAUGAAUACCGUUGCUGUUAGUGUUGCAGUUAUUGUUUAUGGCUGGUUUCUCUUCACAAGAUUACUGUUGCUGUUACUGUUGUUAUAUCAGCCCUAAUGGUGUGCUGUUGCAGUUGAUUACUAAUGGGCAGUUAAUGCCUAAAUGAUGUGAUUUGGCAGAUGAAUGCUGAUGGGGCAGUUGUUUUAUUUAUUUUAUCCAUUUUCCAACUCCAUUACUAUUGGUCCAUAUUUUAAGUUGGCUUCAUCAACAUAUAUUGCUUCGCUGCACUUCAGGAUAUAUCUGCUAUAUAUGGUUCCUCGUAAUUCAAGUAUUCUGGGAGCUGUAUUCUUCAUUUCUUCUGAUAUUGACAGGGUCUUAAUUGGUUACUUGCCCUCAACGGCUGCCUCUCGGUAUCUUCUGCAUAUCUCUCUUGUUUACUUACAUGUAUAUUACGUCUUAUGCAAUAUUAUAGCGACUUCGCUGCGUUUGUAUUUUUUACCGUGGUUCCUGUCGUCCUGUUGUUUUGGAUCUAUACCUUUCGGAGGACUGUUGCUAACUGGACGACAUCCUUAUGGUUCUGUACCUUUUUGAUAUAGUAUAAUAA